AUGCACGCGGUGGGGCAGUCCGUGGACACGCAUGCGUCUGUGCUUGCUGCGGCGAUGGGCGUCUUCCGCGUUUGGCGUUGUGUGUCUGGCACCUGGCGGCCCCGGCUGGCGGCUGGCGCACGGCCGAGAGAUGCAGGCUUCGGCACCGAGGCCCGGGGUCGGCCUCAACCUCAAGGUUCCAGCAAGUGCAAGGACGCAGUGGAGGACCAGCCCUUCCCCGGGCUUCUGCGAACAGAGAACCUCGGCCCGGAGGAGCUGGCUGAGGUGCUGAGGGCAGCUGUGGUGGAUCAGCAAGGACCUCUGGUGACACUGAACAAGCCACAGGGUCUGCCUGUGACAGGGAGACCUGGGGAGCUGACCUUGCUUUCUGUGCUGCCACAGCUGAGCCAGGCCCUGGGGCUCAAACACCGGGAGCUCCAGGUUGUGCGAGCACCUGGAAAGGAGGCGUCUGGGCUUGUGCUUCUCUCCAGCUGCCCCCAGACAGCAAGCCGCUUGCAGAAGUUCUUCGUUCACUCAAGGAGAACACAGAGGCCCACAGCCACCUACUGUGGCAUCACUGAUGGCAUCCCUGAGCCUUCUGAGGGGACUAUCCACGUGGCCCUGAAGCUGGAACGCAUGGAUGGCAUUGAUCUUGCCAUCCCCGUGACAUCCCCAUCUCGAAAGGACAUCCUAGAAGGUGUCAAGAGGACCCUCAGCCAUUUCCAUGUGAUGGCCACAGGCUGUGGCUGUGCUCUGGUCCAGCUGCAGCCACUGACAGUGUUCCCCAGUCAGCUUCAGGUGCACAUGGCUCUACAGCUCUGCCCAGUGCUUGGGGACCACACCUAUGCUCCUCGAGUGGGCACCGUUCUGGGCCAGCGCUUUCUGUGGCCAGCCAAGACCACCAAGCUCCAGAGACAGGUGCUGGACGAAGCUCUCCUCAGACGCCUUCGCCUGCGUCCUUCCCAGGUGGCCCAGAUGCCCUUGCACCUGCACUUGCACCGCCUCCUCCUCCCAGGCACCAGAUCCAGGGACCCCCCUAGUGAACUUGUGGCACCCCUACCCUCGUACUUCUCUCGGACCCUGCAGUGCCUGCGGCUCUCUCACCGAUAGACAGUGCUUAACCCCCAAUUGGAAAAUAGAAAGAAGGGCCGUGACCCAGCUCAAGGACAGUGGGCUUGGUGCUGAGUACGGUCAAGGUCUUUGACUCCUUAGUCCUACCAACCUAAGAUAAAUCCCAGUUAAACCACUCACUUACUGUGUGGCGUUGGGCAGGUGACCGCUCUCUGGACUUAAAAUAAUAAAAGUCCUACCUCACAAGUCUGCUUUUGAGGAUCUGCUGAGAAAGCAAGUGUUGACCAGGGACUGUGCUCUCUGCUCAAGUGAACAGUGGCCAGGUCUGGAGGUGGCAUCUGCUGUACUCCUGGUCACGAGGAGGUUUGUUUGCUUUUGAGGCUGGGCCUCUUGGUAUAUCCCUGGCUGGACUGGAAUUCAGAGAUGCACCUGCCUCUGCCUCCCAAGUCCUGGGAGGACAGACACACACCACUGUGCAGGCAUGAGCUCUUCUGACUUUGGGAGACACAGGUCAUUGGAUUUCAACACCGCACUCUCCUCUCCACCCUGCCCCACUCAGGAAGCAUUCACACGCUACAGCUAGAUACCGCUUUUGGAGGACCAGCAGCUGAGGCUCUACAGGGUCUCACUGUGUAGCUCUGACUGGCCUGGAACUCACAGAGAUCUGUCUGCCUCUACCUCCCAAGUGCUGGGAUUAAAGGUGUGUGCCACCAACACCCGGCAUUCUGUCUAUUUAUUGGGAGGCCUUUUGUAGUCUUUAAAGGCCAGGCUGAUGCUGGACCCUCAUGUGUACACAGUGGAUUCAUUGAAGUGACUCAGUGAAGUGAGGCCCAGAAACAUUCUUCUGGGUAGUGAGGGGCAAAGCAGCACCGUGUGAGUGGUAGGUGACUGCUGCAUUUAGCUUUUACCUGACUGGUAGACCUGGCACUAGCUCUGGCACUCAACAGAGUGGUGAGCUGGCUGUUGAAGGUCACACAGCAUAUUAGUAACAGCUGAGACCUAAACCUGGCAGUGGGGCAGUCUGAACUAUUAACCUCCUUGGCUCCAGGUGGUAGAUAAAGGUACUGAAACUGGAAGAAGAAAUUGCUCUCCCACCUCGGCCACGGGACUUGGCUCCUGGCUUCACAAUCCAGAUGUUUCGAUCCCCCUCCAUGUCGAUCUGGGGUACCACGGCCCGAAGCUGCUGUAGGAUGUCUUCACAGCGCUGGACCUGGACCUCUAGGUGUUUCAGUUCUGCCCCUUCACUGUGUGGAGACAGUGGGACUUGGGGAGGGUGGGGCCUGGGCCAGAUGAAAGGAUAGGACAAUCGGAGACACAGCCUCCCACCUCCAACCUGCUCUGGCCAUGCCUGCCCCUGAGACACCUAGAUAGGUCUCCUUGCUUCCCAUCACCAACAGCCUCUAACCUAUCCAGACUACAGCCCUCCCCAGUCCCAUACUCUACCUUCUGACACCUUCUUUCCUAGAAUCCUGAGGAUGGGGCAUUCACUAAGCCAGGCACUCUGGCAGACCCCCCCCCCAGCCCCGUUCCUCUCAGCAGCCGUCUAGGGAAGUAUUACUCAGCCAGUUUUAGGGAAAUUAAAAUUGAAGCUGGGAGAGUUAGUGGACCUGGCCAAGGUUGCAUACCAGGUGAAAGUGACUGAGCCAGGGUCCAAAAGCCAGACUGCUUUACCCAAAGGUGCCUUCCAAGUCCACCCUGCCUCAUCUGGACCUAACUCUGGUUGACAGUCGUACUUUCUCAGUCUAAGGCUUGUCUCUCCCAUUGCAUACCCUCCCAUGCCACAAAUCCAUUUAUAAAGCUACUGUCUGCCCUCUCCCUUGGCCUUACUGAUGUGUGGUACAGAGGGUUGAACCCAGCACCAGCUAGGCUGAGUAUACACUCUCUUCUGAGCUACAAGUUGAGCCUGCUGUCUUCUGCGCAUUUUGCUCUCUGCUGUGUCUCACUCUCUAACAUAACCCCUACCACCUAGUAGGUACUUCCCAAGUCUGUUGACUGAGUGGUUGGCUGUGUGCAUGCUUGGGUAGGAGUUGGCCUAGACAGAUGGGUUCAUGGGAAAGGGGGACCCUGUUCCCUACAGGAUGGACCAUAUCCUCAACUAUAAUCAUAUGCUGUCCCAGAUGGCUGCUUCAUUUACUCCUGGACAACAAAGACUCCCCUGGAUGCUGGCCUCACUUUAACAGCUGGACCUACCAUAGACAGCUUUGUUUUUUGUGAGCAGCAUCAAGAACAAGAGUGGCCAGACAGGGGGGCUCAAAGGUCUCCAAAGACAGUCCCACUGGCUCCUAACUAGCUUUCCUGUGGUCUGUGUCAGUAUCUGCCUAGUAAAUCUGGGGUGAGGCGCAGGGAAAUGUCACCUGGGAUUGGCAAGGGUACAGGGAAUUUGAAAAUGUCUAUUCAGUAUGACUUUUAUAAAACCUGUUUUGAUGAAAGUUAACCUUAAUAAAAGUAAGGCUGAUGAGG